AUAGCAUCUCAUCAUAUUGCUAUAUAUUUUGCUUUUUUACCUUUGCUUUCUAGCAUGUAUCAUAAAAGCCUGCUUGAUCCAAUUAAACCACGACAAGCUAUCAUCUCUAAUUACAUGGUAGAGGGAUCCAUGUCAGUAUAGUAGUGCAGUCUUCUUUUUUUUUUUUUUUUUUUUUUGGGGGGGUACUAGCUACGACCGCUGCAAGUACAUUAAUGGAGAACAACCCUAGUUCAUCAAGAACUGACAGAAAAACCAUAGAAAGAAAUAGAAGAAAUCAAAUGAAGGCACUCUACUCCCAGCUCAAUUCUCUUGUACCCCAUCAAAGCUCAAGGGAACCAGUACCGUCACUGCCUGAUCAACUAGAUGAUGCUGCAAGUUACAUAAAAAGGCUGCAGACUAACUUGGAGAGGAUGAAGGAAAAGAAAGAAAAUUUAAUGGGAACGGAAAGGACAAAUUAUGCAAGCAUGAGCAGUUGUAAUGGAACAACUGGGCUAAGAUCACCACAAAUUGAGGUUCGCGAAACGGGUUCCACUUUAGAGGUUGUUUUGAUAACUGGCCUGGAUAGUCAGUUCAUGUUCAAUGAGACCAUUCGUGUGCUUCAUGAAGAAGGAGCUGAGAUUAUUAAUGCCAAUUUCUCUGUUGUGGAAGAUACUGUAUUCCAUACAAUACAUUCUAAGGUUGGAGAUUCUGCCCCCAGUACUGGAGCUGCAAGGAUAUCUCAGAGGCUAAACAAGUUUGUCCAAGACGAUAAUGCGUUUUAAAGUGUAGCGUGAGAUUUGCUGGCUUAAGUUGAAGAACACAAGGAGGCCUCAUUACUUGUACAACAGAAGUAAUAUUAUCACUUAUGUUUACAUGUAUGUGUGUGUGUCAGUGUGAGAGAGAGAGAGAGAGUUUUCCUAGCCAAGAGACUUGCUUAUGCAUGUCCAAAUGCAUCUUAUCAAUAUAUUUAAGAUUUAUAGUUCUUGUUCCUAGCUAUCAAUCUGGGCUUUUCAUGUUAA